AUGACGUCCACGCACCCGUACCAGCUGCUGCCUAUCGAUGAGAGGGUCAAACGAGUUCUGGCUACGACCCCUCUCAUAGACGGUCACAAUGAUUUAACUCAGCAGCCCAGAGCUUGCUUCCACGGUAAAAUACACAAUAAUGAGAAAUUCGAUCUAGAGGAGGGGUUUGAGCGUGGAAUGACAGAUAUUCCUCGUCUGAAACAAGGCGCUGUGGGCGGCCAGUUCUGGUCUGUCUGUGUCCCUUGUCUCAGAUCAGCAGAAGACUUCACCACACCGGAGUACUCAGACAUGGCUCGAGAUGCCAUUGAGCAAAUUGAUCUAACUCUUCGUUUGGUCGAGUCAUAUCCAGAGACAUUCCAACUAGUUAAUGGUCCUUCAGAAGUCAAAGAUGUUUACGCCAGUGGUAAGAUCGCUUGCUCUAUUGGCAUUGAAGGGCUUCAUAUGGCAGGUAAUAGUAUUGGUAUCAUAAGAGCGUUCUACAGGCUUGGAGUGAGAUAUUGCACUCUCACUCAUGUCUGCAAUAAUGCUUUCGCGGAUAGCUCCACUUCAAAGGGUGGUCCAGUUCACGGCGGCCUAUCUGACCUGGGAAGGGCUGCUGUCAAGGAGAUGAAUAGGCUUGGCAUGAUUGUUGAUCUAUCUCAUGUUUCUGAGGCUUGCGCGAGUCAAGUCCUCGAUCUGUCUAGAGCUCCCGUCAUGUUCUCCCACUCAAACGCAAAAGGAGUAUUCGACUGUCCCAGAAAUGUCCCCGAUCAUAUCCUCGACAUGGUACCCGCCAAUGGUGGCAUCAUCAUGGUCACCUUCGUCCCAGAGCAUGUCACAACGCGCCGACGAGAUGCCAAGAUGGAAAUGGUCAUCGAUCAUCUCUUUUACAUCGCCAAUCGGAUUGGCUGGGAUCACGUAGGUCUUGGAUCUGAUUUCGACGGUAUUGCUAGCGUUAUCCCAGGUCUCGAAGACGUAAAAUGCUAUCCCCAUCUUCUCAAGGCUAUCCUUGAUCGUGGAGCGACUGAAGAGCAGUUGGCAAAGGUUAUUGGCGAGAAUAUUCUUAGAGUCUGGGCAGGCGUCGAGAAAGUGAGAGAUCAGAUGAAGAUUGAGGGAGUGCUUCCAGUGGAGGAUGUGUUUAAGGAUAGGAAGUGGUGGAGAUAUGAUGGGUAUUAUCAAAUGGAAGAUCCUGAUCCUGAGGAUAAGCUUGGACUCGACUGGUACGGGGUGCCUCCACCGGAUGAGGGUCUAUACCUUAAAGAAUAG